ACUUGUGCUGCUACUUCCGGUCUGCCGCUUCUGCUUCGUAUUUUGGUCGAUUUUUGUUGUGUUUAUAAACGUAGGUCCAAAUUUUGAAAGGGAUGACGGAAAGCGACUGAAACAGAUAAUCUAUGGUUGAUGAGAUCUUUAAAAGAACAAUGGGCCAGUACAAGGAGAGGCUGAAUGCGUUGGUGGUGAAACUACAUGAGAUUAAUGUCCUUAAGUUUGGUGAUUACAAAAUGAAAAUAGGAGUUAAUUCGCCUGUCUAUUUCGACUUACGUAUUAUUGUGUCUUAUCCUAAAGUGUUGGCAGAACUUUCAGACCUGAUCUGUGAGUUUGCAAAGACCUCAUUGGAAAACUGUGACCAUGUAUGUGGGGUGCCAUAUGCAGCAUUGUCCAUUGCCACUCUUGUUGCUGUGGGCUCAGACAAAUCCAUGUUAGUUCGGCGCAAGGAGGCUAAAGACUAUGGAACUAAACGAAUGGUUGAAGGCUGUUACAAACCUGGAGAUUCGUGCAUCAUCGUAGAGGAUGUUGUAACAAGUGGGCUCAGCAUCCUGGAGACUGUUGGGGAUUUGCAACGAGAAGGUUUGAAUGUAACUGAGUCCAUUGUAGUUGUUGAUCGCGAGCAAGGUGGAUCAGAGCAUUUGGCCUCCCAGGGCUUAAAGAUGCGCAGUCUUGUUUCUCUUACUGAGAUUAUGCAUAUAUUGCAUGAUGCUGGGAAGGUUGAUGAGGCGACUGUCAUUAAAGUUAAGAAGUAUUUAAGUGAAAGCAGGGUCUCCAUACCUGCAGACAGAGUGCCGGCUCCUCUAGCUGCUAAAAAGACAACUGAUGAAAGACUGAGAAUGACAUUUGAAGCUAGAGCUGAAAAGGCUACAAACACCAUGUCUGCUCGGCUGUUACGGUUGAUGGCAUCAAAACAAAGUACACUAUGUGUUGCUGCUGAUUUAAGCAGUACUGAUCAGGUGCUGCAAUUAGCUAACACUGUUGGUCCCUACAUUUGUAUCUUCAAAACUCAUGUUGAUGCACUCAAUGACUUUUCUCACAAAUUUGUUAAAGAGCUACAGGAGCUUGCAAAAACUCAUAACUUUUUAAUAAUGGAAGAUAGGAAAUUUGGAGAUAUUGGACAUACAGUUGGCCUGCAGUAUGUAGCUGGUAAUUUCCACAUUGCUGAUUGGGCAGACCUGGUGACAGUUCAUGCACUUCCCGGGCCUGGCAUUAUGGAUGGUCUUGUUAGCUGUCUGGAGACUCACCAGUCAGGCCUGAGAGACCGCGCCUGCUUCAUCGUCGCUGAGAUGAGUAGCAAGGACACAUUAACCACUCCAGCAUACCGAACUGAGGCCUUGAAACUGGCUGAGACUCGCGCAGAUUUUGUGGCGGGAGUGGUUAGUCAAUCAGCCACUGGAAUUUCUUCCAUUGGACUGAUCCAACUGACCCCGGGUGUACGUAUCCCUGUUGCUCAAAAUGGGGCUCAGACAAAUGGUUCUUCUGGCUCUGAUGGAUUGGGCCAGCAGUACAAUUCACCUCACCACGUAGUACUGGAAAGGGGUGCCGAUGUUGCUGUCGUCGGGCGAGGCAUCACAGAGGCCGCUAACAGUGCAGAGGCCGCCGAGCUCUACCGUGACGUGCUUUGGAAAGCAUACCAGCAGCGUGUUGGUGAAGCUUAGAUUAGGAAAAGAAAGAGCCCGAUCAAAGGAGCUUCCCUCACACAGUAUUUCUUGUGCAUAGUUAAAUUUGUCUUUUAAUCAAUUACGUACAUUCCUUGAGGUGAUAAUAGUGAUGAAGUUGUGAUCCUGUGCCUGAGCAUCCUGUUCCUUUUGUUGAUAACUUUUGAUGAAAUGUACCUACAUAUGUUAAGAUUUUAAUUAUGUUUUAUGAACCUCCUUAAAUUAAAGAGGUGCUUCUACAAAA